GCUGUUCCGUUCGGCGCAGCCACGCGCACACAUACACAUGCCAGACUCUGAUGGUUUCUCGCUGAGCGGCCUGCUGGAUGAACUGGAGCAGGAGAUUGAAGAUAAAGAGAGGUCCCGUGAACAGAAGGGCCAUGUGAGCAGAGAGAAAACGGACGGAGCUGACGACAUGAACUUCGCAGGGCUUUUGCAGGGCCUGGAAAAAACAAACGAGACCAGCAAGAUGGAAAGCAGCAGCAAGCUCAGCGACUCUGGUGCUGAUGUUCACGCAGUGCCAACAUUUGUGCCCAUGGCUCUGCCAACGGCUGCGCCAACGGCUGUGCCAGUGGAUCGUCCAUGGACUCUGGAUUCAGAAACUUUGGCCCUUGUCAGCUCUGCUUCGGAUGACAACAAGGCCUUUAGAGCCUAUAUGGAGGACGGAUCAAAGGUUGUGGACCCAUUCGAAGCCGUGUCCCGCACAAGCGGUGAGAAGUUUGGUUUUUUCGCGGUUUAUGACGGCCAUGGCGGCCGUGAGGCAGUGGAUUAUUGUGAGCUGCGGCUGCACGAGCAGAUUGUGCAGGAGAUGAAGAGGCUAGGAAGUCCACCCGAUGCGCUGCAGUCAGCCUUCUUAAAAGUUGACAGUCAGCUGGGGAUGUAUGGUGCAUGGAACCACGGAACCACAGCCACAGUUGUCCUCAUACAGGAGACCAAAUCCUCCAAGCGGCUGCAUGUGGCGCAUGUCGGGGAUUCUAGGGCUGUCUUGAUUGAUGGCCACGGGUGCGCCAGAGCUAUCACCAGGGAUCACCGGCCCUCAGACCCUGCAGAGGCCCAGCGAGUUGCAGCCGAAGGCGGCAAGGUCAUUGAUGGCAGGGUGAACAAGGACCUUGCGAUCUCGCGGUCCUUGGGUGACCAUCGGCUGAAGGACAAGGGCGUGAGCGCCACUCCCGAGGUGUCCACUGUGAAGCUGGCCGCGGGGCACGUGCUGAUCCUUGCCACGGAUGGGCUCUGGGACGUGGUCAGCGACCAGGAGGCCUGCGACCUCCUGGAGAAGAGCAUCCAGGAGUCGGCCAGCAGCAGCCCUGAACAAACCGCAGAACGGCUCCAAGCAGCCUGUGCCCAAAUGCUGGUGGAGGAAGCCAAGCGCCUGGGAUCGCGGGAUAAUAUUCUCGUGCUUUGUUUGUUUUUCUAAACUGAAUGUUUCAAGUGGAUCGGCUGAACUCAAACUAGACCGAGAUUGGGAAUUGAAGCUGUGGAUCAGCUUGCGUUUCACACCACAUCCUCCAGAAGUGCGAAUGUGACCUGAAUGUGCUCUUUGCGCGCGGG